AAAAGUAAUAGUUUUCCUCAUCAAGACGAAGAUGAAGAUAAAGAAUCUGAUGAAGAUUCAGAAAAAGAUGUUCAAAAGAAUUUUCAAAAACCUCCAAUCCAAUAUAUUCCAAAAAAUAAGAAAAGGAAAUCAUAAGCGAAGUUGCAGCAGGUGUAUCAAACAGUUUUAAUAAUAGUGAAGAAAACAACAAUUUGAUAACAGUUCCUGAAAGUCUACCUCUGGAAUAUGGAGAUCUCUUUUCUCAGGAUUCAUUUCUAAUAUUAAAAGAAUUUGAGAAUGAGCCAAUAAACAAUAAUGUUAAAGAAUAUAAUAAUGAAACACAAGAUAUGUUUGAAGUAAAAGAUGAUGUAAAUAAUACAAAUCAAACAUCGACGCGACAAAAUGAAUUUGAUUCAUCUCAAUUGGAUAACAAGAAAAUAUAUCAAUUAAAAGAGAAACCAAUUAUUCGUAGUAUCGUUGAAACCAAUAUUAGGCUCGAUAAAAAUUAUGCACAUCCACAAACCAAUGUUGAAGGACGAAACAAACAACAUACACAUGAACAUCAUGACUUAUGUUGCACACCAUGUCGUACAGAUAUUCAAGCAAUUAAAAAAGCAAUAAAUUCUAUUUAUCUUCUUGUAUUGGAUAUAAGUGAAGGGCCUCGCAAUGAUACCAAUAAUCUGACCUUAAACUUGCCUAUUACGACAGAAAAGGAAUUAAACGAUAUUGAAAUAUUGCUGAAGGAAGAUGCUGUAGCUCGUUCACAAUAUAAAAAAAUGAUUAAAAACAUUGGUGGUACAACGUUUGAAAAGCAUGUACGAAAUGCUUUAACUGCAACCUUGAUUGAUCAAAUGGCAUAUAAAUGGACAGGACAAAAGAAUACGAUAAGCGUAAAAGAAAUGAAGUUUAUUGAUUUGAUAAUUGAAACCAUAAUUAAUUGUCGAACUGAUUCUACGAUUGAUAAAAUACAAGCCGUUAUUAAAUCAUGGUUACAACAUGCUGGCGAUCGUCUUCCUAAAGAAGGAACAAAAAAAAUAAAAAUAAUUUAAAAUAAUUUUUCGUAAAUCUAAUUU